GAGUUGAGUUACCUGCGUGCGUGCAGUGUGUGAUUUACGGUCUCGCCGGCCGCCAACCUGCAACCGUCGUCGCCAUCGUCGUCGUCGUCGUCCGCGUUCGCGUGGUCCGAGUGUGUGCGCGCGAGUGUGUUUUUAAAAAAAAUUUUGCUCGGAACCUUUUUUUUUCUUUUUCUUUUUCUUUUUUGUCUUCCACCAAAAGUGCUUCGUAUACUUUGCAAAGGACGCGGCCCAAGAAAUUCUCUGUCGACGCACACGCUGCACUUAUAGUAUAAUAUUAAUAAAUACUUAUAUGUUAUGAUAGUGUUGAGCCCGGCGUAAGAAAAUAAUUAUAUUUUAUCUGAAUUUUGGAUUACACUUAUCGACGUGUCUCAAACGCACUCGCCGUCUACUGGUUCACGCUCACCGGUCAUGUGGAACAAAUCGUCAGGCGUAAAAACGUUUAAUCAACGUGACUGUCAGCCAUCAUAUACAUAUUUGCAGCAGACGCAGUUUAAUGGAUAUCGACGCACAUAAUUCAGACGAGCCAAGUCGGUGCACGAUGUACCAAAUUGAAUUUUCACCGUCUCGUAUCUUGUUUGCAUACGACAGUUGUUCGUACGUUAGUUUGGACAUGCGUGCUUCAGUGUUGAAAAUGAUGUGAUUGGGUGCACAACCCAUAGGUGGAAUACCGUUUGAACAAAAAUCCGAUUUCGCAAUAUUAUGGACGUUGCGUCCACCGAUUACCUUAAGACUGCACUGUAUUCGGGAGAUAACGGCCCGGACACGGGUAACCGAGACAGCCUCCGACUAAUGGAGCUUGGGCUCCACCUGGAGACCCUUCACGACGGAUCACAUCGGAUCAACACGUCAGUGGAUCAUUUGCUGAACGACCCUUCUCUGUCAGAGAGGAACAACAACGAAUUUACAUUCGCUAACAACAACAAUAACAACAGCAACAACAAUAACAAUAAUAACAAUAGUUUCGAGACAAUUAUUAGUGGCGACCACGGCUUUGACUUGGACUGCGCGCCUAGCUCGUUCGCUGACAAGUCAGACAUAGUGGACCAAUGGAGGACGUUAAACACAGACGGAGCCAUCUAUACGGUGGAGGUGGUGAACAAUUCAGACGGUGGUGUCGGCGAACCACUGUGGUGCAUGCCUGCUCUAACCGAACACCACCAGGAUACCAACGCGGUGAGCAACUUCGACGAGACACUGUUGUCGAUGAACGGCGCCGAGUCCACAGACCCGGUGGGCACUGGCAGGUACAUCAAACAGGAAUCUUUGAGGGAGUACAUCAAACAGGAACCGUUGACGGAGUACAUCAAACAAACAGAACCGCUGCAGGAGUACAUCAAACAAGAAUCUGCAGAGUAUACAGGCGAUGAACUUCUCCGGAACGCAUUGCUGGGCAAAACCAAUCAUAACCACCACCAGAGGUACGGCGAUAAGGACGUCAAGCCAUCGGUGUCCACCGCAUCAGACAGCCAAAACUCGUCGCCUGGACCACAGUCCAUGCAAGAUGUCGCGUCGUACCCGUCGACAUCCACCGUGGAUAUGCAAGAUGUGCUAGCAACGACUAGCAACUGCAGCAACGGCAUCAACGGCAACACAAUCGUCAUGAUCGACGACGACAUGCCGUCAAUGUCGCUACUGGUGGCCGGCGACGGGGCCUCAGCGCAGAACGUCGAUGAUCUCCUCUUGCCAGACUUUGACUUCCAAUACAUCGAUGGCCUGGACAGCGACAUGUCUCAGUCGUUCCAGCAGUACUGCCCCACUAGUCAGGGGUUCGUAUCCUUCAUCGCCGCAGAGGUUGCGAACAUUUCGCAAAUCCCGGCCACGGUGGUGCUGGACCACCGGGAACUCGAACAGGUGUCCACGUCGUCUUCGUCGUCCCCACCCGUCCGACCGGCUAAGAAAUACAACCGUCGUUCACACCACACUAACGGCAAGACGAAACAGUCGGCCGGCGGCGGUACCGGAACGUCGAUCAGUGGUUCUGGUGGCGGCGGAGGGUCGGCCUCGGUGUCUGGUGACGACCAGCCGGCCGGUCACCCACCCGCUAAGAAAGAACGGUCGCUGCACCACUGUCACAUAUGCAGUAAAGGCUUCAAAGACAAGUACUCGGUGAACGUUCACAUACGCACCCACACCGGCGAAAAGCCGUUCAUGUGCACCGUGUGCGGCAAGAGCUUCCGGCAAAAAGCUCACCUUGCCAAGCAUCAGCACACGCACACCACGCCUGCCAAACCGGCACAAUCGUUGUCGUCCGUCACGCAAUCCGUCAAAGGCAGUGGCGGGGGCGGCCGAAGGUCCACGUCCAGAUAGCCCGGACUGUGGCCGAUUAUCACCACCGAGUCACCGUCAUCACCAUUGCCACCACUACACUCAUCAAACGACACUACCACCAUUUACCACCAAUCAUAUUAUACCAAUAUACCAACGUCCGAAACCACCAACACCAUUGACCUCUGACCUAUCAUUCCUACGGCUUCCUGAAAACUCGCCGAAAACGUACGAAAAAUAAAACCAGAUGUUUUCGUCAUCCGCGGUGUCGUACUCAUAUCCGUUUUGUGCGCACUGCGUGCUAAACAUUAUAAAUAAUAGUUUUAUUAUUAUGAUUAUUAUACGUAAAUAAAGGCGAACGUCGUGUGUGUGUAUGUGUACCGUACAUAGUACAUACCUACUACACACGCUAGCUUUAUUUCGACGACUCGGCCAAUCUUUUUCUCCACCCGGAGAAAUCGUUUCUAAUGUGAUGAUUAAUAAGUUAACCUCAUUAAAGAAUAAUAUUAAUGUAAUGUUAAUCGCUUUACGAAUCAAAAUAUUCAAGAGUAUUGUUUUUUUUUACGUGUAACUUUUUUUUUAUUAUAAUUUUUAAGUUUAUAUACACCGUGUACAUGAUAUAAUAUUUUUCUAUGUUACAAUAAGAUUUACAUUUUUUUAAACAAAUAAUAUUAUAUCACACACAUUUAUACAUAGCAUAUUACGUAUAUUUCAAUACAUAGAUAGGUUUAUAAAUAUUUGAUCUAUAUUUAUAAAAUAAAAUUAUCGUGUACUAUUCCGUCCUGAGGCCUGUGAUAGAAAUGAACACGUUGCAGCUAUAAUAAUGUUGCGAAACGAUAUUUAUGUAAUAUUAUUUAGUCACGUUUUUUGUGUAUUAUAAAAUAUAUAUAUUAUAUUAUUAUUAUUAUUUUGUUGUUAUAAAAUUUUUUAGUUUUUAUGUUGUAUUCGUUUUAAUAUGCGUGUUAUAGGUAUUCCUAUAGAUUACCUAGACACCAGACUUCAAUUAUUAAGUUAUCAUAUUAAUUAUAUAUUAUGUAUGUGUAUGUACGAAAGCAAAAUAAAAUUUAAAAUAAAACUAGGUAAUUUAUUCGUGUUACUUAAUUGUUUUAAGCAUUUUAGGCCUUUAAUACUUAAUUGAAUUAAACAAAUUAGAAACGUAAGUAUUAUUUAGAUAGCUAAAAUGUUUUUUUCUUAUUUUUUUUUUCUUAUUAUUAUUUUUAUUAUUAUUAAUAUUAAUAUUAUUAUUUGUAUUAUUAUUUAAAACCCGUAGAAAUAUUUGUACUAAAGUAAUAUUAUUGUUAUUUUUAAUUCCAUACGAUGACGAUGAAGUUUUUCAUUCAUAUUAAUUGAAUACUUGCCAAAUAGCAAUAGGAACAAUUUAAAUUUUAUAAUAAUAUCUAUUUCUUGUGCCAUACACAAUAAUAAUCAUGACAUUAUAAUAAAAUGUUCUAUUACAUGACAAAUUUUAACUACACGUUUACAGUAUUAUAAAUAAGAAUAUCGUUUUAAAUUAACACUUUUCUACUGAAAAUGUAUAUAGUAUAUAUAUAUUUUCGUUUUAUUACAAAUUUAACAUUUUAUAUUCAUAAAUUAAAUGUAUCUCAAUUUGUUAAUAAAUACUUAUAUACGUCAUUCCUGCAAUAAUUUUGACUGUGAUUUUUAAAAUGAAUUAUCUUUAUAUAUUUUCUCAUUAUAUUUAAAAUAGUAACAUUCCAUUAUUUUAUUUUAUAAUAUAUAAUUUAAGAGAAUUUUUUUUUAUAUAUAUGUGGUUUUUAUUUCGAACAAUAAAUAUUAAUGUUAUCGUAUAUGUAGGCCAAAUGUACAUCAUUUUCGUGUAUACCAACUCAGUAUUUUUGUAAGUUUUUUUUGUUCGUAUCUGUUUUGUAAAAUUAAUGAAAAUUAUUUAUUCCUAACGAAUUGUACAUUUAUAAUUACUAUAUAUAUAUAUUUAUAUUUAUAUGUAUGUAUAUUAUAUAUUCCAUAUUAUUAUGUGUGUAUAUACAAUAUGCAUAUCAUAUAGACACCAGACAUCGAUAAAUAUAUAUAUAUAUAUAUUUUAUA